CAUAUCAUAUAAGUAUAUAACGUCACAGCUGAUAACUCUCACGCACAUAAAGCCAUGCACCGCCUGCGUCUUUAGCCCAUAACGAUAACGCUUCACGUACCUAUCUAUCCACUUGCUUCUCUUUCGUAAUACUUUAAUUCACCCCUUAAAAAAUUCAAGAAAAAAAAAAAAAGAAAAAACCUUGAGCUAAAACGAUCACCACCUUCUAUAUAUUCAAUAACAUCUUCAUAUAUAUAUAUAUAUAUACGCAAUAUAUAUGUUUGAUAUUAUAUAUUAUUUCUAAUAUAUACUACUAGUUUACUAGAGAGACGCCCGAAGAAAAAUGAUCAUGGAAGGAUUCGGAACAUAUGGAACCACGCCAGGAGGGAGGCGGCAGGUGGGCGUGCAGGGGUAUGAUGUGCCGGAAGGGGUCGAGAUUCGGGGGCGGUACGACGGGGAGUUUGCGAGGAUACUGACGAGGGAGGCGGUGCAGUUUGUGGCGGAGCUGCAGAGGGAGUUCAGGAACAGGAUUAGGUAUGCGCUGGAGUGCAGGAAGGAGGCCAAGAGGAGGUACAAUGACGGGGCGCUGCCGGGGUUCGAUCCGGCCACCAAGUACAUUAGAGAAGGUGACUGGGUCUGCGCCGCGGUGCCGCCUGCCGUGGCGGACCGGAAGGUGGAGAUCACCGGCCCGGUUGAGCGGAAGAUGAUUAUUAAUGCACUCAACUCCGGAGCUAAAGUUUUCAUGGCUGACUUUGAGGAUGCACUUUCACCAAGCUGGGAAAACCUUAUGAGAGGCCAAGUAAAUCUGAAGGAUGCCGUUAAUGGGACUAUAAGCUUCCAUGACAAGGCCAGAAACAGGGUUUACAAGCUCAAUGACCAAACUGCCAAGCUAUUUGUGCGCCCCAGAGGCUGGCACUUGCCUGAGGCUCAUAUACUUGUUGAUGGUGAGCCUCUCACUGGCUGCCUUAUGGACUUUGGCUUCUAUUUCUUCCACAACUAUGAAGCAUUCCGCCGCAUCCAAGGCGGCGGGUUCGGACCUUUCUUCUACCUUCCCAAAAUGGAGCAUUCAAGGGAAGCAAAAAUAUGGAACUGUAUUUUUGAGAAGGCCGAGAAGAUGGCAGGGAUAGAGAGAGGAAGCAUAAGGGCAACUGUUCUGAUUGAAACGCUUCCAGCUGCGUUUCAAAUGGAUGAAAUACUGCAUGAGCUGAGGGACCACUCUGUUGGGUUGAACUGUGGAAGGUGGGACUACAUUUUCAGCUAUGUCAAGACCUUCCAGGCUCACCCCGACCGCCUAUUGCCAGACAGGGUUCUCGUCGGCAUGACUCAACACUUCAUGAAGAGUUACUCCGACCGCCUCAUUUGGACAUGCCAUAGGCGCGGCGUCCAUGCCAUGGGCGGCAUGGCAGCUCAGAUUCCAAUCAAAGAUGACCCGGCUGCAAAUGAGGCUGCACUUGAUCUGGUGAAGAAGGACAAACAAAGAGAAGUGAGAGCAGGACACGAUGGGACAUGGGCAGCCCACCCAGGACUAAUCCCAGCUUGCUUGGAAGUCUUCAACAACAACAUGGGCAACUCCCCCAACCAAAUCCAAACCGCAAAGCGAGAGGAGGCCGCCAACCUCACCGAGGAAGACCUCCUGCAGAGGCCGCGGGGAGUGCGAACCAUGGAAGGCCUGAGACUCAACACCCGGGUGGGAAUCCAGUACCUCGCAGCAUGGCUAACCGGGUCGGGAUCGGUGCCUCUCUACAACCUCAUGGAGGACGCCGCCACGGCUGAGAUAAGCAGGGUUCAGAACUGGCAGUGGCUCAGAUAUGGGGUUGAGCUUGAUGGAGACGGGCUUGGUGUUAGGGUCAGUAAAGAGCUUUUCUUUAGAGUCGUUGAAGAAGAGAUGGCAAGGGUUGAAAGAGAAGUAGGGAAAGCCAGGUUCAACAAGGGAAUGUUCAAGGAGGCUGGGAAGAUGUUCACAAGGCAAUGCACAGCUCCAACACUCGAUGAUUUCCUCACUCUUGAUGUCUAUAACAACAUUGUCGUGCACUAUCCGAAGUUUGCAUCAUCUAGGCUCUGAAAUUUUAAUUAUUAAUGUUCCAUCUUAUAAAUCCCAAUACUGCUUGUAAUUGAAUGUUUGUAUUGUCUGUCUUUUGUUUGCUUCUUUGUUUUAGCAGCACUGAAAAAUAAUGAGCGCCCCUUUUUUGUUGCGCUUGCAGUUUGUAAGAAUAAAAGCUCAACAUCUUUAAGGUUUGAUCAA